GGCCGGCGCUUGGGGGUUGCGGGGCCAGAGCUGCAGAGAUGGGCUGGGAAGAAGCCACCCCUGACCCCCCGUCUCUCUUCGUAUCCAGUAUCCCUGCCACCCCAGCGGCUCCUGUCCCCACCUCGGGGUCUCCCCAGCACCUGCCCUGCUUCCCAGCUCCCUCUUGCUCUUCCUCGUUCUUUCUUCCUCUAGCUGCGCGCACCGGCGCCGCCGCGGAGGGGACUCCAUACCCCGCCCUUUGAAAUCUUGAUGCCCUUCAGGUCCAGAAGCUCUUGAGCAAAUAUUUGGCGCGCUUGGAGCGGAGACCGGCAGGGGGUGGGCGGGGGGCUGGACCGAGGCCACUGGCUAGGCAGGCCGUUAGCUGAGCACUCCAAAAGCACCACCGCAGUCCCGGCUGCUCGGCUCCCGGCUCCCGGCUCCUGCAGCAUGACUCAGCCAGAGCCAGAGAGCGUGGGCCCCGCGGCCCCUGGCUUCCCCGAGCAGGAGGAGGACGAGCUGCACCGGACCCUCGGGGUGGAGCGGUUUGAGGAGAUCCUUCAGGAGGCGGGGUCUCGCGGAGGGGAGGAGCCCAGCCGGAGCUAUGGGGAGGAAGACUUCGAAUACCACCGCCAGUCCUCCCACCACAUCCAUCACCCGCUGUCCACCCACCUGCCUCCGGACACCCGCCGCCGCAAGACGCCCCAGGGCCCCGGACGGAAGCCUCGAAGGCGCCCUGGGGCCACCCCCACCGGGGAGACCCCCACUAUUGAGGAGGGAGAGGAAGACGAGGAUGAGGCCGGUGAGGCUGAGGGUGCCCGAGCAGUCACCCAGCCGUCUCCCGCCUCCACUCCCUCUUCGGUGCAGUUCUUUCUUCAGGAGGAUGAGGUCACCGACAGGAAGGCAGAAAGGACCAGUCCCUCUCCGCCUCCGCCACUGCCCCACCAGGAGGCAGCUCCCCGGGCCACCAGAGGGGCCCAGACGGGAGCCCCGGUGGUGGAGCAGGCCGUAGCCGUGGCCUGCGGCGCAGCGGGAGGCGAUGACGGCGGCGCCUCAGGGCGCCCGCUGAGCAAGGCACAGCCCGGGCACCGCAGCUACAACCUGCAGGAGAGGAGGCGCAUCGGCAGCAUGACCGGGGCGGAGCAGGCCCUGCUGCCCCGCGUGCCCACGGACGAGAGCGAGGCGCAGACGCUGGCCACGGCGGACCUGGACCUCAUGAAGAGCCACCGGUUUGAGGACGUGCCCGGGGUCCGGCGGCACUUGGUGCGGAAGAAUGCCAAGUCUGGGCAGAGCAGCCGGGAGGGGCGCGAGCCUGGCCCCACGCCCCGGGCCCGGCCCCGGGUCCCCCACAAGCCCCACGAGGUGUUCGUGGAGCUGAACGAGCUCCUGCUGGACAAAAACCAGGAGCCUCAGUGGCGGGAGACGGCGCGCUGGAUCAAGUUCGAGGAGGACGUGGAGGAGGAGACGGAGCGCUGGGGGAAGCCCCACGUGGCCUCCCUGUCCUUCCGCAGCCUCCUGGAGCUCCGCCGGACCCUGGCCCACGGGGCUGUGCUCUUGGACCUGGACCAGCAGACCCUGCCCGGCGUGGCCCACCAGGUGGUGGAGCAGAUGGUCAUCUCCGACCAGAUCAAGGCCGAGGACAGGGCCAACGUGCUGCGGGCCCUGCUGCUGAAACACAGCCACCCGAGCGACGAGAAGGACUUCUCCUUCCCCCGGAACAUCUCCGCCGGCUCCCUGGGCUCCCUGCUGGGGCAUCACCACGGCCAGGGGGCCGAGAGCGACCCCCACGUCACCGAGCCCCUCAUCGGAGGUGUUCCGGAGACCCGGCUGGAUGUGGAGCGCGAGCGCGAGCUGCCGCCUCCGGCCCCGCCGGCCGGCAUCACUCGCUCCAAGUCCAAGCACGAGCUGAAGCUGCUGGAGAAGAUCCCCGAGAACGCCGAGGCCACGGUGGUCCUCGUGGGCUGCGUGGAGUUCCUCUCCCGGCCCACCAUGGCCUUCGUGCGGCUGCGGGAGGCGGUGGAGCUGGACGCGGUGCUGGAGGUGCCCGUGCCGGUGCGCUUCCUCUUCCUGCUGCUGGGCCCGAGCAGUGCCAACAUGGACUACCACGAGAUCGGCCGCUCCAUCUCCACCCUCAUGUCCGACAAGCAAUUCCACGAGGCGGCCUACAUGGCGGACGAGCGGGAGGACCUGCUGACCGCCAUCAACGCCUUCCUGGACUGCAGCGUGGUGCUGCCGCCCUCGGAGGUGCAGGGCGAGGAGCUGCUGCGCUCCGUCGCCCACUUCCAGCGCCAGAUGCUCAAGAAGCGGGAGGAGCAGGGCCGGCUGCUGCCCCCGGGGGCGGGGCUGGAGCCCAAGUCGGCCCAGGACAAGGCGCUCCUGCAGAUGGUAGAGGCGACGGGCGCAGCGGAAGACGAUCCCCUCCGGCGGACGGGCCGGCCCUUCGGCGGGCUGAUCCGCGACGUGCGGCGCCGCUACCCCCACUACCUGAGCGACUUCCGGGACGCGCUCGACCCCCAGUGCCUGGCCGCGGUCAUCUUCAUCUACUUCGCAGCCCUGUCGCCCGCCAUCACCUUCGGGGGGCUGCUGGGAGAGAAGACGGAGAACCUGAUCGGGGUGUCCGAGCUGAUCGUGUCCACGGCGCUCCAGGGCGUGCUCUUCUGCCUGCUGGGCGCGCAGCCGCUGCUGGUGAUCGGCUUCUCGGGGCCCCUGCUGGUGUUCGAGGAGGCCUUCUUCUCGUUCUGCCAGUACAACGGGCUGGAGUACCUGGUGGGCCGUGUAUGGAUCGGCUUCUGGCUGGUGCUCCUGGCGCUGCUCAUGGUGGCCCUGGAGGGGAGCUUCCUGGUGCGUUUCGUUUCCCGUUUCACCCAGGAGAUCUUCGCCUUCCUCAUCUCCCUCAUCUUCAUCUACGAGACCUUCUACAAGUUGGUCAAGAUUUUCCAGGAACACCCCCUCCACGGCUGUUCUGCCGUCAACAGCUCCGAGCCUGUGCGUGACGCCGCAGGUGGUGGCGAGAACACCACGUGGGCCGGGGCAAGGGCCACGCCGGGGCCGGGGAACGUGAGCCUGGCCGGGCCCUCUGGGCAGGGAAGGCCCCGGGGCCAGCCCAACACGGCCCUGCUCUCACUGGUGCUCAUGGCCGGCACCUUCUUCAUUGCCUUCUUCCUGCGCAAGUUCAAGAACAGCCGGUUCUUCCCCGGCCGGGUGCGGCGGGUGAUUGGGGACUUCGGGGUGCCCAUCGCGAUCCUCGUCAUGGUGCUUGUGGAUUACAGUAUCGAGGACACCUAUACCCAGAAGCUGAAUGUGCCCAGCGGAUUCUCGGUGACGGCCCCCGACAAGCGGGGCUGGGUCAUCAACCCCCUGGGCGAGAACAGCUCCUUCCCCGUGUGGAUGAUGGUGGCCAGCCUGCUGCCCGCCCUCCUGGUCUUCAUCCUCAUCUUCAUGGAGACGCAAAUCACCACGCUGAUCAUCUCCAAGAAGGAGCGCAUGCUGCAGAAGGGCUCGGGCUUCCACCUGGACCUGCUGCUCAUCGUGGGCAUGGGCGGCGUCUGCGCCCUCUUCGGCCUGCCCUGGCUGGCGGCCGCCACCGUCCGCUCCGUCACACACGCCAAUGCGCUCACCGUCAUGAGCAAGGCUGUGGCGCCCGGGGACAAGCCCAAGAUCCAGGAGGUCAAGGAGCAGCGGGUGACCGGGCUGCUGGUUUCCCUGCUCGUGGGUAUGUCCGCCCCCCCAAGCCCCGCCCCACACUCGUCUGGGCUGGGCGCCGGGGUGGGCGGCCCUGGAGACGACUGCUCCCUCUCCCCCCGCCCCCCAGGCCUCUCCAUCGUGAUCGGCGACCUGCUCCGAGAGAUACCCCUGGCCGUGCUCUUCGGGAUUUUCCUGUACAUGGGGGUCACCUCCCUGAACGGGAUCCAGUUCUACGAGCGGCUGCACCUGCUGCUCAUGCCUCCCAAACACCACCCGGACGUCACCUACGUCAAGAAGGUCCGGACCCUGCGGAUGCACCUGUUCACCGCCCUGCAGCUGCUCUGCCUGGCCCUACUCUGGGCCGUCAUGUCCACAGCCGCCUCCCUGGCCUUCCCCUUCAUCCUCAUCCUCACGGUGCCGCUGCGCAUGGUGGUGCUCACCCGCAUCUUCACGGAGCGCGAGAUGAAAUGCCUGGAUGCCAACGAGGCGGAGCCCGUGUUCGACGAGCGGGAGGGCGUGGAUGAGUACAAUGAGAUGCCCAUGCCUGUGUAGCUGCUGCCGGAUGGACGGACAGAGGGGCAGGCCGGGGAUGCCCUCCCAUCCCCUUCCCUCCUCGUUUUUAUUUAAGUGAAUAAUUUAAUGGCCCCUUCCUCCCACCCCCGCAGUAAAGUGCUUUUGCUCCCA